GGUGCCGCGGCCCCGGCGGGGUGGCCCCGCGGGCGCCGCCCUGGCGCUGUGCCGGUGGCGGCGGAGCCGUCGCCCCCUCCCCUUAUCCCGGCUCCCCGCAGGGCGGGCUGCGCGCGGGCGCGGCCCCCGGCGAGGCGGGCGGCGGCGCCUGAGGGCGGCGGGCCGCGCCGAGGGCUCCAUUCCCCCCCCCCGCCCGGCGGACUACACGUCCCGGCGUGCCCCGCGCGCGCAGGCGCAGUGGGCGCGGGCGCACGCUGGGCCCGGCAUGGCGGAGCCGGAGGCCGCGCAGCCCGGCCGGCCCCCGCCGGCCCCGAGCGCCGCGGCGGGCGGCGGGGCGGCGAGCGGGGCCGCGGCGGGGCCGGGCGGCGGCGGCGGCGGCGGCGGCGGGGCGGGCUCCAGCGACCCGGCGCGGCCGGGGCUCAGCCAGCAGCAGCGGGCGAGCCAGCGCAAGGCGCAGGUGCGCGGCUUCCCCCGCGCCAAGAAGCUGGAGAAGCUGGGGGUCUUCUCGGCCUGCAAGGCCAACGACGCCUGUAAGUGCAAUGGCUGGAAGAACCCCAACCCGCCCACCGCCCCCCGCAUGGACCUGCAGCAGCCCGUGACCAACUUGAGCGAGCCCUGCCGCAGCUGCGGACACGCGUUAGCGGACCACGUGUCCCACUUGGAGAACGUCUCGGAGGAGGAGAUUAACCGGCUGCUGGGCAUGGUGGUGGACGUUGAAAACCUCUUCAUGUCAGUGCACAAGGAGGAGGACACAGACACCAAGCAGGUGUACUUCUACCUGUUCAAGCUCCUGAGGAAAUGCAUCCUGCAGAUGAGCCAGCCUGUCGUUGAGGGGUCCCUGGGGAGCCCCCCUUUUGAGAAACCGAACAUCGAGCAGGGAGUCUUGAACUUUGUCCAGUACAAGUUCAGCCACCUGCCACCCAAGGAGCGGCAGACGAUGUACGAGCUCUCAAAGAUGUUCCUGCUUUGUCUCAACUACUGGAAGCUGGAGACACCAUCCCAGUUCCGCCAGCGCUCACAGAAUGACGAUGUGGCUACUUACAAGGUCAACUACACGAGGUGGUUGUGCUACUGCCACGUGCCGCAGAGCUGCGACAGCCUUCCCCGCUAUGAGACCACCCACGUCUUUGGGCGCAGCCUGCUGAAGUCCAUCUUCACAGUCACCCGCCGGCAGCUGCUGGAGAAGUUCCGGGUAGAGAAGGACAAGCUCGUGCCAGAGAAGCGGACACUGAUCCUCACCCACUUCCCCAAGUUCCUGUCGAUGCUGGAGGAGGAGAUCUAUGGGGAGAACUCUCCUAUCUGGGAGGCUGAUUUCACAGUACCUGCCACUGAGGGUGGCCAGCUGGUGUCCCGCCCAGCCGCGGUCAGCACUGUUGCUGUGCCCACCACUCCGCUCUUUAGCAAGAAGCUCAGCAACAGCAGCUCUUCAGCAAACCUGGAUUCCAGCACCCCGGAGCCUAUGCCAGGUGAGAAGCGGAAGCUACCUGAGAGCCUGACGCUGGAAGAUGCCAAGCGGAUUCGCGUUAUGGGUGAUAUUCCCAUGGAGCUGGUGAACGAGGUCAUGCUGACCAUCACAGACCCUGCUGCCAUGCUGGGCCCCGAGACCAGCCUGCUCUCAGCAAAUGCGGCACGGGACGAGACCGCCCGGCUGGAGGAGAGACGUGGCAUCAUUGAGUUCCACGUCAUUGGCAACUCGCUCUCGCAGAAGUCCAACAAGAAGAUCCUGAUGUGGCUGGUGGGUUUGCAGAAUGUUUUCUCGCACCAGCUGCCCCGCAUGCCCAAGGAGUACAUCACACGCCUUGUCUUUGACCCAAAACACAAGACCCUGGCUCUGAUCAAGGAUGGCAGAGUGAUCGGGGGGAUCUGCUUCCGGAUGUUCCCGACCCAGGGCUUCACAGAGAUAGUCUUUUGCGCUGUGACAUCGAAUGAGCAAGUGAAGGGCUAUGGGACACACCUGAUGAACCACCUGAAGGAGUACCACAUCAAGCACAACAUCCUGUACUUCCUGACCUAUGCUGAUGAGUACGCCAUCGGCUACUUUAAGAAGCAGGGCUUCUCCAAGGACAUCAAGGUCCCUAAGAGCCGCUACCUGGGCUACAUCAAGGACUAUGAGGGGGCAACCCUGAUGGAGUGCGAGCUGAACCCCCGGAUCCCCUACACAGAGCUCUCCCACAUCAUCAAGAAGCAGAAGGAGAUUAUCAAGAAGCUGAUUGAGAGGAAGCAAGCGCAGAUCCGCAAGGUCUACCCUGGCCUGACCUGCUUCAAGGAGGGCGUACGGCAGAUCCCUAUCGAGAGUGUCCCUGGCAUUCGAGAAACAGGAUGGAAACCUUUGGGGAAGGAGAAGGGAAAAGAGCUGAAGGAUCCAGACCAACUCUACAACACCCUGAAGAACCUUCUGGCCCAGAUCAAGACCCACCCCAGCGCGUGGCCCUUCAUGGAGCCUGUGAAGAAGUCGGAGGCACCGGACUACUACGAAAUCAUCCGCUUCCCCAUCGAUCUGAAGACCAUGACCGAGCGCCUGAAGAAUCGCUACUAUGUCACCAAGAAGCUGUUCAUUGCUGACCUGCAGCGCAUCAUCACCAACUGCCGCGAGUACAACCCGCCCGACAGCGACUACUGCAAGUGUGCCAACACUUUGGAGAAGUUCUUCUACUUCAAGCUCAAGGAAGGGGGGCUCAUUGACAAGUAGAGGAGCUGACCUGGUCUCUCCUUGGCCACCAGGACCCCGAGUCCCUGCUUCCCCCUGGGCCCGGCUUGGGAGGGGCAAGGCUGCUGUCGACCUCCAAGGGAGCCUGUGGGACUCUGAGCCCUGCUCAGCUGAGCAGGGGCUGUUGGAGGGUUUGUUGCUGCUGAGCAGCCUGGGGGAGCUGGGUCUUCCCUCUUCCGGGGCUGAGGUGAGCGGGGGGUGCCCUGUGCUUGGAACUACCUUUUACCCUCGUGGGUCAGCAGCCUCUCUCCUUGGGAGCUGCCUGAGCAGCAGGGCUGGAGCAGCAGCUUCUGAGGGACUGCCUGGGGCAGGGGCGGCACGAGGUACAGCCUCUCCCUGUCCCUGCUCUGUGCAGGGCUGGGAGACCCCUGCUACCUGUGCUGCCCUCUCCCCAAGGGAUGUGCCUUCUGCCCUGGCGCUGUUAGCAAAAAGGGCAGCCCCAGGGCUGGGGCACGUGAGUGCUUUGGUUUUCCGCAUGGGCCACGGUUCCCGCCAAGCCCCGGGGUGCAGCGCCUGCUCCCCAGGGCCCGCAAGCUGCGCACGCACACGGCGCCUGCCCCUCUCCUUGAAUGUACAGCAGGGCUCGGCCCUGAGGAGCAGGGGCAGAGACGCUGCUCUGGGUCCAGGCGCUCAGGUGGGUUCCCUGCUGCGAUAGGCGCUCUGCCCCCCGCCCAUCAGAGCUCCCCACUGCGCCCUUAUCAGCUCUUCCCUCCGCGCAGGGGCAGGCCUGUCCCCGCCCGCGACACUCCGGCCCUGGCCGUGGUGCUGGGCUCCUGGCCUGGCCCUGCCUCGGCUCCGAGCCGGCCCAGCCCCUGGCUGCUCUGCGCACAGCUGCGGCUUGCACGGUCCUACCUGCCUGCUCCCAGCGUCGGGGCUCUGCCUGCGUGCUCGGGCUGCCCCUUGCCUCCCUGGCAGAGGCAGCAGGCAGGGCUGCCCUUGCUCUUCCAGCUUCUGCUCUCCAGGCCCCCUUGCUGCCCGCUGCAGUCGGGAUGCCCAGCGCCUGGUGGCCCCUGCUCUCGCUUGCUUCCCAAGCCAGGAGACAGCAGAGUUGGGCCCGAGCACCUGUGCUCCCCUCCUGCACCCGGGUCGCAGGGCUGGCUCCCGCUCUGUCCUCACCACCGCUGUCCUUGCACCUUGUGGGCCGUGUUCCCCCUUCGCCUGCCUGGGAACAGUGCAGCGGGAGCAUCUGCCUGUAGCAUUAACCUGCCCCCGCCUGCCUGCCCUCACUUGCUUAACGCCUGCUGCCUUAUUGUCCGUGCUGUCCUUGCUGUGGGGACGCGGGUGCUGCCCCGCAGGCUUGCUGGCCUCGCUGGGGUGGGACCCAGCCCUGUCCGCCUGUUCCCGUCCACCCAGUCCACUUGACUGAUUUAUUUUUUUUUUUAAAUAAAUGUACUUGUGCA